CCGUCAGGGAGACGAUGAAUCGCUCAAGCACGAGCCAAGCAGCCCCAUGGUGGAAUCGGAUUUCGGUCUACGACCGCCAGUGAGGUGCGAUUUUUUCAUUGCCUGUUGAGAAUUUUGCUCGAAUUUCUUAGCAAAACAGUUGCAAUUCUCCUCCGAUCUGCAACCUUUUGGCCCCUUUUCUCCCAAUUCUAUUGAACAAAUCAACAUGGUCUUACUUGGUUUUCUUUGAAUUGUUCACUUGUGAACAUACUUCGAACCAAUUUUUUUGCCUAACCAAACAACGGCACGGCCUACAUUGUGAAGGAAAGGAUUUGCCCCGAUUUAAUUCAGCAAAUCGACAUGUCCUUACUUUGCUUUUGUUCGAAUUGUUCACUGCCAAACAGCAUUCCGGCCAAGCAUGCGUUCCCCAACACAUGGCCAUUUGCUCUUCUUCAUUCGAAUAUGUUUCUUUCUGAAUAAAUGGAUUUUAAUCGAGCAAACCAACGUCUUUUUACUUGCUUUCCUUCGAAUUGUUCACCCCCGAACAGCGCACGGCCUACAUUGUGAAAAUCUGGGCUCUCUCACUACCCAACCGAAUGCCAUCUGGGCCUAAGCCCUGUCAGGGUUCUUGGGCGCGUGGAAUUCCGACGCACUCCGGCGACUGCAUUUCUCGGCAUCGCGUACCGGAAUUUCUAGUUCGGCAAUCCGUUGGCGUAACCGCUCGCCCCUUCUUCCCGCCUCCCUCGCCACCGGAUACAAAGCUAGCCAAGGUUCCUGUCGCCCGGCAUUUGCAACCUGCCCUCUCCCCGUGAGGCCACCGCCUUACCCGCAGCCCUCCUCCUCCUCCGACCGCCGCCCCCUUCUUCCUUCCCCGACCGCCGCCGGCGUCAUGAUGGACCCGGAGGACAUGGUUGAUCUGGACCGGUCCGAGAUCGAGAGCUCCCGCGCCGACGAGCUCAACGGGCUCGCGCUGCUCUUCAUUCUCGGGGCGUCGGGCGGCGGCGCGGUGGGCCGAGUUCUUGGGGCCGCCUGGCGCGCCAGGCUGCCUGCCGUCGUGCCGGCCACAAGGACCGCCGGAAGCGCCGCGAGAGCGCUGAGGACGCGCCCCGCCCCUUCUGCUUCCCCGUCGGUUGCUGCGAGAGCAGCCAAGACGCCCCCGACCCCUUCCGCCGCACCCCGGGCGGGUACUGCUGCCCCAUCAGUUGGUGCGAGACCAGCGAAGACGGGCGCCGCCCCUGCCUCUGCACCCCCUUCCUUGGAUCCUGUGAAAGCAGUUAAUGAUGCUAUCUCGAAGGUGGAAACUCCUGUUUUCUUUCCUUCCAGGAUUGCCAACACGUACAUUGAGAUCGUAAAAUUACUAUCUCAUGGUGGAUGGUCUGCAUAUCUUUUGGAUAAGUAUGCUGAAAAAGGGUGUUCAGACGUUUGCCCUUUCACAGGUAAUGGUGAGUUCUCCCCUGUGCCUGUCCAGAAGCCAGCAGUGGCUGUCCAGUUGCCUGCUGAGGUAGAUGAGAAGCAUCGUUCAGAGGGAGAUAAGGAGGAUGCAGAGGGAGGUGCUGUCCAGGUGCCCGCCAAGGUAAAUGAGAAGCAUCAUUCAGAGGGAGACAAGGAGGAUUCAGAGGGAGGUGAGAAGCAGCCUGCAGAUGGAGACUAUGCUUGCUUUUUUCAUGAGAUCGGCAAAAAGGCGUAUGAUUUGCUGUACCAGGACUAUAACACAGGUCUGAAGAUGGUAUCUGACUGUAAGGUGCUUGACACCGCUGUUCUUUUGUCUGAUGGCUCUGAGCAAAUUGGAAAAGCAUCUUUAGGAUUUGAGUUGUCAUCUGAUACAAAGCUCUAUCUUAGAUGGUUGAUUGUCAAACUCAUUUGUUUUUUGUAUCUUCAGCUUAUCAAACUUACAAUUGAUGAUGUGUUGAGGCCUGGUUUAAAGGGACUUCUGUCUAUUCCCGUCUCCUCCCAGAGCUCAUCGAAGGUGGACCUUCAGUAUCGUCAUCUUGGUGCUUGUAUAACUGGAAGUUCUGAGCUUCAGGGAUCGCCAAUUGUUUCGUUUUCUGCUGUGAUUGGCACGAAAAGCAUUGCUUUAGGUGCUGAUGUUUCGGUCAUCACAAAGUCCCUCGAUGCUUUGGGUGCGGUUGAUUCGCUUGAAACCAAGCUCCUGCGGUUUCCUAAGUACACCUGUGGUUUGGUUUUAUCGGAAGGAGAUGUGGGUGCUUCUUUCACAAUGGAAAAUGCCGACGUUCUCACAGCAACUUAUCAUCAGAAGUUAGACGAGACGACGUCCAUUGCUGCCAAGGUGCAGCGUGUUCUGUCUUCGAACGACAGCACUCUUACAGCGGGUUUUUCUCAUUCUCUGGAUCCGAACACAACGGUGAAGGCCAAGCUUAGCAGUGAUGGAGCGGUGAGUGUCCUGCUCCGAUACGGCCCCAAGCCCAGGUGCUACGUCGCCUUCUCCGCCGACUCCAAUUCCCAAGGGCCUCAAAAGGAUACCAAAUUUGGUCUGUGUGUUGCUCUAGGGGCGUGAGUGCCUUCGUUAGUUUAGGUCAUUGAUUUUUGGUAGUAGCAUGUGAUACAGUAUGUGCUGGUCGAUGAGUCGAAGUCUCAUGGGCUGCUAUUAUCCGGGUGCAACUCUCGUGCGCUGCUUUCUGGUCUCUUACGAUGUUGAAUUGCCUGUAAUGUUCAUCGGCUGAAUACUGCAAUUCAUCUUGGUCAGGCCAGGUUUUGUCAGUAGA